AUGGCGUCUCCCAGCAGCGUAGCCACCAUAUUGGACCCGUUGGGAUUCAACAGUCCGGCCGGGCGUGCGCUGAUGGUGCUUCGUCCGGAAAACGAGGCUGCCAAAUGGGCCUUUUCACAAGUUGUUGACUUUAUCAAAGAGCAAGAUGCCCAAUCCGACGAUGAUGAUCUCGUGACCGACGUCCGAAACCACUAUGCUAAAUUCAUGUGGUUUUCUGAUGAGCAAGUCUAUGAUGCUGCCGUCUCCCGGUUUGUCAAUCACAGCACAAUACUUGAAAGUCCCUCGUCACCGUCUUCGUUGUCGUCGUCUACUUGUAGUCUUGAAGAGCCAUGUCCCACCAUAAUCUGGACAGGCUUCUAUUUUCUGGACUCAAAUGUCAAAACGCUUCAUUCCGACUGCGGCUGGUUGGUCGGCCGUCUCAGCAAAAGGGGAGUUUCCUUUGCUCAGCCUACUGUCGACAUAUUACUCACGGAUAGUCGGGCUGGCAAUGUCGCUAGAAGACAUGCCGUCAUCAACUUUUCUCCAGAAACGCGUCUAGCAACUGUUUCGUUGGAGUUCGGCAACUCCGCUGUUGUUAAUGCAACUUCUUUGACUUCCAAGGGCAGCGUUGCAGGCUGUGCCCUGGGUCAAAAUCGGAUUCAUUUUGGUGAUUUAAUGUACUCGCUUGAGUAUACUUCAUAUUGCCUCCGACCCCAAGGUCAAACAGAUCUCAGUAGCCACAUUACGGGUAUUCAUGGUGAUGACCAGCCAACCAAAGAAGUCUUACAAGCUACUCCAACUCCUCAAACAACCAAUGUACAAACUAUAGGAAAGUAUACAAUCACAGGCGGCCUGACAGGUCGAGGUACCUUUGGCCGCGUCCGUCCAGCUGUUGGUUCCGAUGGACAAAAGAUUGUGGCCGUCAAGACGAUGGAGGCAAGACCCAGCAGAAUACAACAUACUCGAGAAAAAAUUGCAUUGAUGGAUUUCAUUGCACAGCGAGCACAAGCCGAAAAGCAACAAAAUGUUUUGACAAUGAUUGAGAGCAUUCAUAUACAAGGACGGCAAGUGGAUGAGUUCCAUAUUGUUUUGGAGCCUUACAUCGGGUUUACAUUAUCUGAAAUACCCAGAGAUACACACUAUACAAAGCAUGAGCUCAUCUUACACGACUGUCUUCGAGGUCUGGCCUUUUUACAUUCACAUCGCAUAGUACAUACAGACAUUAAACCGGAAAAUAUCGGACUCUUGGACUUUCACAAAAACGAAAUGCAUCAGCCGGCCCACCUAGCAUCUUAUUCACGUCCUCCACGCACCGUUAUCCUUGAUAUUGACUCCAUGGAGCAGAUUCCCAGUGGCCAAACUGCGAUUCAAGCAGCACCCGGAUCAAACGGCACAGUAGGGGUUCAUUCCCCAGAGCAUGAAAUGUCAAAAUACGACGGCAGAACAGAUGUCUGGGCUUUGGGCGUCAGCCUCUUUAGAGCAAUCUUUAGCACGUUUCCAUGGUCUUACGGCACAGAAGGCAAUCCAUGGAGAAAAGAUCGCGAAGACGUUGAAGCACGAGACAAGUUCCACGCACGAUACGAGAAAGCAAUUGGCAAGGUUACCGAUCAUCAUCACUUUCUAGGCGGUGAGUAUACCUAG